UGGUGAUGACGUCACGGGCAGCAGUUUCCUCUUCCGAUCUUGCAGGCUGCUGGCCGAGAAUCGUUUUUAUCUCGUCUCCGGGACUUUCCUUCUAGCAGCGGUCACCAUGGCGAUGCAAGCGGCGAAACGUGCUAACAUUCGCUUACCCCCGGAGGUGAACCGCAUCUUGUACAUCAGGAACUUGCCUUAUAAAAUCACUGGGGAGGAAAUGUACGACAUCUUUGGGAAAUACGGCCCCAUCCGGCAGAUCAGGGUCGGGAACACCCCGGAGUCCAGGGGUACAGCAUACGUCGUAUAUGAAGACAUCUUUGAUGCCAAGAAUGCAUGCGAUCAUCUCUCCGGCUUCAACGUGUGUAACCGAUACCUGGUGGUUCUGUACUACAAUGCAAACAGGGCAUUCCAGAAGAUGGACACCAAGAAGAAAGAGGAACAGCUCAAGCUUCUGAAAGAGAAAUAUGGAAUCAACACCGAUCCCCCAAAAUGAAACCGGAUGUAUAUUUUUAUUCUUUUUGCUUUUUUUUUUAUAUUUAGAAUUUUGUAUGGUUCCUGAGUUUUGAUGUAAGGGACGGACACACGGACUUGUAUUGUAAGGACUGAAUAUCUGUUAUGUUUUGUCACAAAGCUAGAGGACAUGAGGAGCCUGCCAUUCAUGGAAGCCUUUGUUUUGGGGUAGAGCCACCCCAUUCUGGAUUCGAGAAUGAUUGCACCAGUCCUGUAUGUGUUUCAUGCUGAUCAAACGUGGAUGGAGAAACCAAUAAACACAAAUCUACACCCAAA